UACGAUUCCUUAAGAAUCUCCUUCUAGCUUAUCUUGUAUUAAUUUUGAGUUUUGUAGGGUUUAGGUUGUUUGAUUAAGUUAGCAAGUUAGGGAUUAGUUACGUGACGAGAUUUCUCUCCAAGGAAUCUAUUACUAAAAAGAUGGAGCAAUCUGAAAUUGUGAUUGCAUAAUCCACUAGUAAACGUCACAAAGCAAUUGGGCAUGCCCAUGGACGUUGAUGGAGCUCUAGGGCUUCUCCGUUUUGGGUAUCUUGCUAUUGGCUCUCAUAUUCCAUUGCCUUGCGGAGCGGCGUCGCUGCUUUUACCGUUUGGGACCGGCCAUGAGAUCUAUAUUCCCCUGUAUUUUGGUUUUCAGUUUUAUCUAGUUAGGAUUGUAUUUAGCCAAUGAGGACAUCAGAUUAUAAAAGAACACCAUCUUUCGGGACUGAUUAACAUUGAUGAUACUUCUGCAAUUCUGAGGCUA